CCCGAUCCCGGCACCGGCCCCGGCCCCGCACCGAGCUCAGCCCGCACCGCUCCACCGCUCGUCUACCCGCAGAUUAAACUUGGAUUGUUUGAAGAGUGCAGAGAUAUUUCACGGUAGUGCAAAAAGUGCAUAAGAAGAGAGCAAAAUGAGAGCUUCCCUAGUACCGAAUGCCUGCAGUCUGUUAUCUUUAGCAAUGCUGUUCCUUCCCGUCACUGGAACGUCAAAACAAAAUAUCCCAAGACUCAAACUUUCCUAUAAAGACUUGCUGCUUUCAAACAGCUGCAUCCCAUUCCUGGGCUCUACAGAGGGGCUGGAUUUUCGAACCCUGCUGCUAGAUGAGGAGAGGGGCCGGCUGCUCGUUGGGGCAAAAGACCACAUCUUCCUGCUCAACUUGGUUGAUUUAAACAAAAAUGUAAAAAAGAUUUACUGGCCUGCAGCAAAAGAAAAGUUGGAAUUAUGCAAACUAGCUGGGAAAGAUGCCCAUACAGAAUGUGCCAAUUUUAUUAGAGUCCUUCAGCCCUACAACCGAACACAUGUUUAUGUCUGUGGCACAGGAGCAUUUCACCCCCUCUGUGGGUACAUUGAACUUGGCACUCACAAAGAGGAAACAAUAUUCAGGCUGGAUACUCAGAACUUGGAGUCGGGCAGGUUGAAAUGUCCUUUCGAUCCUCAGCAGCCAUUUGCAUCAGUGAUGGCAGAUGAGUAUCUUUAUGCUGGAACAGCUUCUGAUUUCCUUGGCAAAGACACUGCUCUAACACGUUCCCUGGGCCCUUCUCACGACCACCAUUACAUCAGAACUGACAUUUCUGAACAUUACUGGCUUACUGGAGCAAAAUUCAUUGCAACUUUUCCCAUCCCGGACACCUAUAAUCCAGAUGAUGACAAAAUCUACUUCUUUUUCCGAGAAAUAUCACAAGAUAGUAGCACCUCUGACAAGACAAUUCUUUCUCGAGUUGGGAGAGUUUGUAAGAAUGAUGUGGGAGGUCAGCGGAGCCUAAUAAACAAAUGGACUACUUUUCUGAAAGCCAGGCUAGUGUGUUCAAUACCUGGUCCUGAGGGAGCCGACACACAUUUUGAUGAGCUACAAGAUAUAUUCUUACUUUCUACAAGAGAUGAGAGAAACCCUCUUGUAUAUGGAGUCUUCACUACAACAAGCUCUGUCUUCAAGGGCUCUGCAGUUUGUGUGUACAGCAUGGCAGAUAUCAGAGCUGUUUUCAAUGGCCCUUAUGCUCACAAAGAGAGUGCGGAUCAUCGAUGGGUGCAAUAUGAAGGUCGUAUCCCAUAUCCCAGACCUGGUACCUGCCCAAGCAAAACCUAUGAUCCACUUAUAAAAUCUACCAGAGAUUUUCCCGAUGAAGUCAUUAGCUUUAUAAAGCGCCAUCCCCUGAUGUACAAAUCCGUUUACCCGCUGACGGGAGGACCAGUGUUCACGCGAAUCAAUGUGGACUAUCGGCUGACUCAGAUUGUGGUGGAUCAUGUCAUGGCAGAGGAUGGGCAAUAUGACGUUAUUUUCCUAGGAACAGACAUAGGCACAGUACUGAAAGCUGUGAGUAUCACUAAGGAGAAGUGGAGUAAGGAGGAGGUGGUCCUGGAAGAGCUACAGAUAUUCAAGCACCCUUCUUUUAUCUCAACCAUGGAGAUUUCUCAGAAGCAGCAACAAUUGUACAUUGGUUCCAGGGAUGGAUUGGUUCAGCUCUCUCUGCACAGAUGUCACACGUAUGGGAAGGCUUGUGCAGAUUGCUGCCUUGCCAGAGACCCAUACUGUGCCUGGGAUGGAAACUCCUGUUCCAGAUACGCCCCCACUUCUAAAAGGAGAGCAAGAAGGCAAGAUGUCAAAUAUGGAGACCCUAUCGCACAAUGCUGGGAUGUGGAAGACAGCAUUAGUCAUGAAACUGCUGAUGAAAAGGUGAUUUUUGGCAUUGAAUUUAAUUCAACUUUUCUGGAAUGUAUUCCUAAGUCCCAGCAAGCCUCUAUUAGGUGGUAUAUUCAACGCACUGGAGAAGAGCAUCGAGAAGAGCUGAAGGCAGACGAAAGGAUCAUCAAAACAGAGCACGGGCUGCUGAUCCGCAGCUUGCAAAGAAGGGAUGCAGGAGCCUAUUUCUGCAAAGCCCAGGAGCACACCUUCAUCCACACCAUUGUGAAGCUGAAUUUAAAUGUCAUUGAGAAUGGGCAAAUGGAAAGCACCCAGAAAACUGAGGAUGAGGAGGGUCGGGUGAGGGAUUUGCUGACAGAGUCCCGGCUGAGGUACAAGGACUAUAUCCAGCUCGUCAGCAGUCCCAGCUUUAGCCUGGAUGAGUACUGUGAACAGAUGUGGCACCGGGAGAAACGGCGACAGCGAAACAAAGGCGGUGCCAAAUGGAAGCAUGUGCAGGAGAUGAAAAAAAAGCGAAACCGAAGGCAUCAUGAGCCAGCCAGGCCACCAUCCACAUAGUUUGCAAACACUAUUUAAAGAAAGGACACUUUCCAUGAAAAAAAUACUGUGUUUUGUUUUUGUGCAUCUUGCUUAUGAAUUAGUACUGCUUCUUAUUGAAAUAACUCAUCAUUGCUAUUAAUUUGUACAUGAAUGUACAAUGGGGUUUGAUACCUUAUUGGAGAGCCACCCACCAGGCAAUAAUUCCAAAUGCUUUCAUUAAAAAGAAAAGAUGUACACUUUGAGCUAAUCUGGAUAGCCUGAAGCUACAUGAGCUGUGUUCUCUACUUUCUGCAUAAUUUUCACAUAGGAUUUAGUAUCCAUGUUCCCAUGUUAAUAUCUGUUGCCACGUUCCACCCCAGACAUGGCUCCAUUUCAGGAGAGGGCAGAUGUAUUCGUAGUUCUUUGGCAUCUUUCUUAAUAAGAAGCAUGGUAGAAAUGUGUGACAGAUCUGCAAAAAUACCCACUAAUUUACCCAUUGGGCUUCUAUACAGGCACAUGGGUGGGGUUUGCUAGCACAUAGGGGCUCAGCAAAAAAUCAAAUUAAGUACUGGCUUAGGGACAACACUGAUUUUUCCCAUUAAAAAAAAAAAAAAAAAAAUAAAAAAAAAAUGAAAGCAUAAUCAUAGUUUAAGAGAGGGAAAUUAUCAAGCCUUAUUCAUUUGAGUUUGAUAGCCAUCAGUUUGCAGUCCAUCUGCUGAAAUGAAAUGUUGACUCUAAUUGAAACUGCCACUGAGAUGCUUGGGAGUAAAUUUCCUAAGUGGUGUGUGGGAGGUAUGUGCACAAAUCCUAUUAACAAAUAAUGGGAUUCUUGCCUGUGCCUCUCUCAUAUCUCUAAAUGUUGCUCACUGGCUGUAUCUCUGGCCCUUUGCUAGCCUCAUUUUAUGCAAAGGAAAAGAAAAAUAAAAGACAACAAGAAUGCUAAAACAAAAGACGAUGAGGGAAGAUAUUUAGUAACUGAGACCAGUGCUCUUGACACAGAGCUGACAUUCCUCAGAUGUGUGUAUUCUUUGGGAUUUUCUCCCAGAGGUCUUAUGUAUUUUUAAGUUGAAAAUUUGCCUUGUUGGAAUUGAUACUUUUAUUAUAAAUAAAUAAAACAAGAGAUGUCCAUGUGUAAAUAAAACUUGUAAGUUAGAAAUA